GGGACUUUGUGCCGACAGUCACAUGAGAGUCAGCGGCGAAUUGGACUCGCCUAACAACAGCGCAAUGAAGAACCGCAAUGAAAUGCAGGAACUUAACAAGAUAAAGGCGUUAAAUAGCGGCAGCGUCAACAAAACUAUACUGUCAUAGUAUCUCAAUAAUCAACAAAAGGUAAUGAACAAUGUUUUACAGAGAACAAUAGAGGUCGCGCCCGGGAAGAGCAGCCAUGACGGCCAAGUCGUCCCUGCUGAAGGUGAUCCUGCUGGGGGAUGGCGGGGUGGGCAAGAGCUCCCUCAUGAACCGCUACGUGGCCAACAAGUUUGACUCGCACCUCUUCCACACCAUCGGCGUGGAGUUCCUCAACAAGGACCUGGAGGUGGAGGGCCGGCCCGUGACCAUGCAGAUCUGGGAUACGGCGGGCCAGGAGCGCUUCCGCAGCCUCAGGACGCCCUUCUACCGGGGCUCCGACUGCUGCCUGCUCACCUUCAGUGUGGACGACAGCCAGAGCUUCGCCAACCUGGCCAACUGGAAGAAGGAGUUUGCGUACUACGCCGACGUCAAGGAGCCCGACAGCUUCCCCUUCGUGGUGCUGGGCAACAAGCUGGACGUGACCGAGCGGCAGGUGGCCACCGAGGACGCCCGGCGCUGGUGCCGGGAGAACGGGGACCAUCCCUACUACGAGACCAGCGCCAGGGACGCCACCAACGUGGCGCUAGCCUUCGAGGAGGCGGCGCGCCGCGUGCUCGCUGCCGACGACCGGGCCGAGCACCUCGUCACCACGGACACGGUCGAUCUGCACAGGAAGCCGCGCGCUGGCGCCACCUGCUGCUGAAGCCUGCUGUAGGCUAACUAGCUAGAGAACUUCCGACGAAUGGAAGUAAAUUAACAAGCAUCAUCACUACUGAUGACUGAAGGAUUAAAAUGAUGAUUAAUGUAGUAUCAACCUAUUAUUAAGACUUAACCUCUAAGAAGGGCUAAAUUGGAUUAAAAAUCCAUUUAACGGGGGUUCUCCAAUUGAGUAGCCUCAUGUAGCGAGCUAUCACAACCCAGCACGAGCCAAGGGUUUAUACAUACAGGCCAGACGUCUUAAGUUUGGUGUGAUGUGUAUGAUGUCGUUGGGUGUGUGUCUUUAAAUAGGAUAUUGUGAAGGACUGAUUCUGUUAACUAUGAAACAUUUGAGUGUUCUCACACUUGCAAUAUAAAAAUUUGAUUUAAUAUUUUUUAGCAGCAAUCAGUAUGCAUAGAAUUUAAGGGGGAUGGUGUAGAUGGUGCCAAACAUAAAAUGCUGAUUUUUCAUCAUUUAUAAUAAAUAUUAUAUAUAUAUAUAUAGGCUAUAUAUACCGAAUUAAGUCCUUUACAGUAUAUUGUCUUUUCUUAGACCUCACUUGGAACACUUUCUACUAAAAGCAUUAGCUUUACUACUAAUUUCCUAUUUGUCUGAUUUUGAAGUGUAUCUAUUGUUUAGCAAUAAUAAAUGAACAUGGGUAUAAUUGCCAGCCUUGCAUUUGGUAUAUCUGUAACAAUACCUCUGCUGUGGCACAAAUGGCAAGAGAUUAUUAAAGCAGGUACACAAUGUAGCUUAUCUUGAAUUUUGGCAUCCUGUCAUUUGAAGAAUACAGGGGUUAAGCCUUUUCAGCAAAAGACAUGAACGACAUGUUGGCAAUAAACUGUCUGUGAUCUGUAUGUCCAGUUCCGCUUUUAAAGUGAUCACUAUUUGCAGGAGGCUUUUUUUUAAAAAUAACAAUUAAUUAUAUAUCAUCAAGAGGUGAUUUCAUUAUGAAUAUGGAGUGUAUGGAUAUUAAUAUUCCUCAACAUGUGCUUCUAGGCUUCCAGAUUUCAAAUAUAUAUAUAUAUAAAUGAAAAACUUUUCAUUAAAAUGUAGACAUUUAAUUUACCUUACUGAAGAAAAUUUAAAAUUCUCUUAUAAAUCCUGACACUUUAUUUCUGUUUUGUUUGGAACAAAUUGAUAAACUUUUUUGAUCCAUUUUGAUUUAUUUAUAUGUUGCUAGCUCUCAAGACUGUUAGAUGAACUGCUAUUGUAUUUAUUAAUCUGUUUACAUUUUAUCAUUCUUGAUUUAGUUCAUCUCAAUCCAUGUAGGUCUCCAUGUGUGUCAGAUUGUGAGUGAAGACAAACGGAUUUUUCAUGAAAUAAAAUCUGUCAAUGGAGCAAUA